CCUGAACAGAGGGCGUGGCCACCGCCUCGUCCUCGGGUGCACAAGUGGCGCAUACACAGAGGCCGCUUGCCCGCAGAACGCCUGAGUCAGCUAAAAGAUGAACAAGUCGCCGAGUGUGUCCUCCGAGGACUCCCUCCCUCCUCCGCCGGAGGACGACGACGACUCCAGCUCGGCUUGCUCCGACGAGCUCCUGGGUUCUCAGUCGCGCCGCUGGCUGGCGGAACUUCUGGCGGAGGAAGAUCCCGCAAGCAGCUACGCAGCCAACGGUGACGCGAUCGUGGGCCGCGACGGACUCUUCGUGGACUUCCACUUUCCUCUGGGGGAGCUGGAGAUGAAGGCUGGGGUCAAGUGGAAAAGACCAAACGAGCUGUGCACAUCGCCUCAGUUUACUGUAGAUGGAGCGUCACGCCUGGACGUCCGCCAGGGAAAGCUCAGCGACUGCUGGUUGCUGUCGGCCAUUGCAUCUCUGGCCGUGCACCCAGCUCUGCUGGAGAAGGUGGUACCUCCGGGUCAGACCUUUCAGGAUGGAUACAACGGCUGCUUUGUCUUCAGGUUCUGGCAGUAUGGUCAGUGGGUGGACGUCCGCAUCGACGACCUGCUGCCCACCAGCCACGAUGACCUGAUUUUCCUCAGCUCGCCAGAAAAGCACGAGUUUUGGAGCUCUCUGCUGGAGAAGGCCUAUGCCAAGCUGAAAGGAGGCUAUCGAGCUCUGGACAUGGGCUUCCCUCACGAGGCCAUGGUGGACAUGACGGGGGGCGUGGCCGAGGUUUUAAGCGUGGCUUUGCUGCCCAGAGAGCUUCCAGCGUUCAUCAGGCAGCUGCUGGCCAAGGGAGCGCUCAUCAACUGUGCCAACACACUGGGUCCUUUGGAAAGCAGGAAUGAGUGGGGAAUCAUGUUCAGACACGCCUACUCGCUGACGGCGGUCGAGAAGGUGCAGACCACGUAUGGACCAGUAGACCUGGUGCGCAUCCUCAACCCAUGGGGCAACACCGAAUGGGAGGGACCAUGGAGUGACCUGCGCGGUCCAGAGUGGAACACGGUGAGCCCCGAGGAGCAGCAGAGACUGGGCCGAGUGCGACGGGAGGAUGGAGAGUUCUGGAUGUCCGUGUCAGACUUCCGUCAGAAUUUCGAGACCAUGGAACUCUGUCACCUGACUGACCUCAAUGACCCGGGAAGUGCCAGCGUGCAGCCGUGGGCGUGCGCGAUGCAUCAUGGGUCCUGGGUGCCGCGCGUUUCGGCGGGGGGCUCUCCUCAAGGGGGCUGGUUCUGGCAGAAUCCACAGUUUGACUUUGUCCUCUCCCAAACGGACGACGGCUCAGAUGAAUCUGCAAAGUCCUGCCUUUUCAUUUUGGCUCUGAUGCAAAAGUAUCAGAGACGCAGAGGAAUCACCCUGUCCAUCGCGCUGCACAUAUACCCGGCGCCUCACAAGGACAAGCACUUGUCACCUCAGGACCUGAGCGUCCUCAGGCCGGUGCACUGCAGCAGCCAUUACUCCUCGCGGCGGGAGGUGGUGCUGCGAGGCACCUUACCACCGGGUCGCUACGUCAUCAUCCCGUCCACCGCCGAACCAAAUCAGCAGGGCGCCUUUCUCUUGAGGGUGCUGACUGAGCGAGCCGCUGCCGUCCCAGCCAGAAGCUCGGUAACACGUGACAUGUCUACAGUAAAGGCGUCCCAUUUUCCUCACCAGGCAGCUCUCCCUUCAUUCAAAUCCAUGAAACUGCUCUUCAAAAAACACUGCAGCAAGAGAGGAUUCUGUAAACCCCAUCACCUUCAUAGCCUGCUAACGGAGACGAUCCAGGGAGGAGUGUUGGCGGGCAGUGAGAAGUACCUGGCCUUGGAACACUGCAAGAGUUUGGUGGUCCUCAUGGAUAGCCAAGGCAUUGCGCAGCUAAACUGGCAUGAGUUCCAGAGCCUCUGGGACAAGAUCCGGAUGUGGACGGAUAUAUUUAUGGUGUAUGACAAGAACAAAACUCAGCGCCUGGAGUAUGAAGAGGUGGGCCCCGCCCUGAAGGCUGCAGGCAUCGUGGUGGAUGAUCUUGUCAUGCAGCUGGUUGGCUUGAGAUACACAGAGCCCGACAUGACCAUCACCUACCCCGGCUUCCUGUACCUCGUCAUGAAGCUGGAGAGCAUGAUCCACAAAUUUCACGCGUACGACAUGGUAGGAAUGGGAAACAUCUCGCUCAACUACAGACAGUGGCUCCACAUGACCAUUUACAACUGAGAACAUCAUCUGGACUGAGAAGAUUCCCCAGGAUGAAUUCCGUCUCCAGUGUUUUAUUAUUAUUAGUUUUUUUUAAAAACGUUUCUCGUGUAAAUGUGCAUCACAGCCACGCUGAGAGAAACAUUUGUCUGGAGUUCUUUUCGCUAGUGUGAUUGAAAGAUGGCCGCUUAUUCUUCUACUCCCCAGCUAUGGAAGAGGUGGUGACCUCAACCCCUGGGAAUAUUUUUGAUAAAUCACCCUCUGUUGUAUUGUGACUGUUUGGUAUGUGUAUAUAGCCGUCUGCCAGCGUCAUUCUUUAAACACUCUAAACAUGUCGACGCUGUGUGUGUGUGUGAGAUAUCCUGUUGUGCUGCUGCUGUCUCCACUCACACUGCCUUAUUUGGGCGUUGGGUGACUGUCAUACUCAUACAUCAGCUGCACUUCCUGUCUCCUCACCUUUUAUAAAUGUAACUCACGCUUUUCUAUUCUGUUUCCACAUGCUUGCUGCUCUGGGUGAUCUCAAACAGACGUCAUUCAUUUAUGAGGUACAAAUGCACUCCAGUUCAAGUAUUCAUCGUUUACAAAUGCUCAAUGUUCAACGCGUUCCUGUGUGUGGGAGUUUUUAGUGUCUUUAGACACAGUGUCCCACUGUUAUAUGCUAUGCUAAGCAUAUUAUGAUAAUGGAAAGAUAGAAAAGCACUUGGACAGUGCAGACGUCCACCAAGCGUCAUAUAUACUAAAGUCGGCAUGCUAACACUUAGCAUGAUCUACAUCAUAGUCUAUCUCUAAAAACAGCUAAAAAUGAUACUGUGCCGAUGUUAGCAUGCUAACGUUAGCAUGCCAACACCUAGCAUAACAGUGCUAAGUGUUUAUAUAUAUGUCUAUGACAACAGAUGGAAAUGCUCCUAGGCCAAUUUUAGCAUGCUAACAACUACCAUAAUAAUGCUAAAUGGUUACAUAUGUGUCUAGCUAUGAAAAUGAUACUAUGCUGUAAGCAUGCUGGCUAUGUUAACAUGCUAACCUUAGCAUGCUAACAGCUAGCAUGACAUGCUAAGUCUUAAUAUAAGUGCCUACCCUUCAAAAUAGCUAGAACUGCUAGUAUGCUAUGUUAGCAUGCAACCAAUACUAAAAUUAGCAUGCUAAUCUAGCAUGUACCGGGAAGGCUCAAUGUCCCAAAUGAGUUGAGAAUUUUAAUUUUUGAUUCGGUUGCGAAAUGUGGAAGUAGUUAGAACUCUUUAAAUCAUUCAUCACAUAGAACACUUUAAAUCAUCAAAAGCGGGAAUUCUUUGUAUGUGGACAUGAAUUUGAUGUCAAUCAGUUGAGGAAUGUGGCCGUCAUAGCAGAAAAUUACUUUGAGUAAAAGAUGAAUUUAGCAAAAUGUCGACAAUUUUCGACAAGCCCUGAAAAUGUCAUCCAAAUCCAAGUUAUUUUACUAUUCAAUGUUUACGUCACAUUGCACAACUCCUAUGCUGCUAGCCAAUAUUUCUUGUAAACUUAAGAAGCCCAAAAUUUACCACCUCCACAUGGGAUGGGAGGAGAACUCCAUGGCUGACUUCAUGCAGUGUUAAGGUAACGUCUCAUCAAUGUUUUGUGUCAUUACUUCCGCCAAGUGACCAAAAUAUGACAUAUCACUUGCAUUUCAAUAUGUUUUGACUAAUAACAUACAAUAGUCUCAUGAAAUAUCCAUCUUUAAUGAAUUAAUUUUCUGAAAAAAUGCAAUAUAGCGAGAGAUUACUUCCUGCCUUCUCACCUUUGAUAAAUGUUACUUUUAUGCAUCUGAAUGAGCUCAAAUGGGCGGAAUCCACCCAAUUAACCAGACACUGUUUUAGGUACACUACAGCAUCUAAUGCAAUCCAAUGCAAAUAUGCAUAUUUAGCAAAGAUGAUUUAUUCACUUGAUUAAACACUUAAUUUAUUUUGCAAUACAGUGGAACCUAUGCUUUCAUUAAUUGUUCUGAAAAAAGCCAUAAACGCCACAGGAAAUAAUGUAAAUCCAAGUAAUCUGUUCCAAAUAUGAACCAAAAAAAGUGCAUUUUAUAGAGAAUAUUUUUUUAUAUGCAGAAAACAAUGAAAAAUAAUGGCUAGAACUUAUUGCUCAUGUGAACUUCACAUCCUGGCGAGAUGGGAUUCAAUAGUUUUUUUCACCUUUUUAGCAAGGUGCUGGCACCCGCAACUUUCUUUGGUCCCGUGGCAGGUUAUUUAGUUUGGUUGAGUGGAUUGAUUUUGGCUUCUUUAAUGAACAAAAUGUAUCGUCAAAAAAUUGCCCCCUCUGUAUUUGGUAAUUUUCUGUACUGGCGGAAAACGGUUUGGACACUCCUGGACUGAAGUGCAUUGAAAAGUCGGUUGGGGGCUUUUCUUACUGGUUCUUAUGAGUCAUUGCAAAGCUGCACUGUGUCAUUACAGCUUCAGCUCACUCCACGUCCUCCAUACUGUACAGUAUGUAUGUGCUCAUGACGUUAAUGGAUCAGGACAUUUGCAAUGUGACCUACUAGUGGGGGAGUCAGCGCACACACACACAAACACACCUUCCAAAGUAGAUUUAAUACCACCAUUUAGUCCAGCCUUGUUAAUUAUUUAGUUUUUACAGUGUCAUGCUUCACAGUGACCCCAAAGAUCACAGGUCGUUCAUGUAUCACCCACUAAAGACUCAUUCUCCUCAACUGGUUUUUUACAAGAAAAUGAAGUAAUUCUUGUACUUGUAGCACUAUAAUGCGUGUGUGUAUGAAUAUAAAUGUAUAUGUGUAUAAAUACAUGAAUAUAUUUUCAAGUGUGUCAUCUGGAAAAG